AUGAAUGGAAUCUUCGCAAUUGAGAAGCCCAGUGGCAUAUCUUCGAGUCAGUUUCUUUUGAAGGUGCAACAUGCUUUGAUGAACAGUAGUGUGUUCUCGAAAGAAAUUCAAAGAGCCACUGCGGAGCGCAUGCAACAAUAUCAAAAAGAAACAGGACGCAAGCCAAGUAAAAGAAAGCUGCGUAAGGUUUCUAAAAUUAAAAUGGGUCAUGGAGGUACAUUGGAUCCUUUGGCAUCAGGCGUAUUAGUUGUUGGUGUGGGUUCUGGAACAAAAAAAUUAUCUGAGUAUCUAUCUGGAACUGUAAAGGUCUAUGAAAGUGAAGCCUUAUUUGGAGUAUCCACGACUUCAGGUGAUGUCGAAGGAGAAAUUUUGACUAUGAAUUCAGUGAAACACCUUAAGAUGGAAGAGUUAAAAUCCAUGGAAAAGAAAUUUGUGGGAAAAAUCAAGCAAACCCCUCCAAUUUUCGCAGCUCUAAAGAUGAAUGGUAAACCUUUGCAUGAGUACGCUCGUGAAGGUAUCCCUUUGCCCAGAGCGAUUGAACCACGGCAAGUAGAGAUCUACGACCUAGAAAUCUUUCCCGACUCUUUGACCAAUCAGCACGGUUACGAACUUUUACGACCAUCAAAUGAUGAAGAUAAGGAUACUGUCUCUGCUUUGAACAGAAACAGUAAUUUAAUGACUGAUAAAUUAUACUUCUCAAAAGAGUACUGCGAAUCUCAAGGUUGGACCUCAGAAGAGCCUCCAAUUGAUCCUCCUAUCGUGGCAGAUGAAAGUGAGUUGAAAGAUAUUGAAAGCAGGGGGAAAAGCUAUAGGGCACCCUUACUGCAUUUUAAAGCAAAAGUCUCCUCAGGAACUUAUAUUAGGUCACUUAUAAGUGACGUCGGCAAGGCCAUGAGAUCGUCUUCGUAUAUGGUUAAGCUAAUACGCAGCCAACAACAGGAUUGGUCUCUGCACAAGAACAACGUUUUUAAACUUGAAGACUUUACAGAGAAUGAUGAAAGAAUCUGGACCGCUGUACUAGCAAAAGUAUUAGAACAUGGUUCUUCUAUAGAUGUGAGGAAAGAACUCGAGAAAGCUCACUAUGAACUCGAAAUCGAGCAACAGAAAGAAUCCAAGAAAAUGGAAGAGGACUUCGAUGCUCAGAAACAGAAUACAAACAAAGAGGUUUCGGAGGAAGCGAAUGUAAGUUCCGGUUUGAAACGAGCCUUGGAAGAUGACGAGAAUGACAAUGUGGUCCAGAAACUCUAG